AUGAGGUUCCUUCGAAAAUUUUUAGAGCCUCUUGUGGUUUGUGCCCAGGUGUCAAGCGCCUUCUUUGACACGGGUUUACAAAUGGUUGUGAAAGAGCGAUGCGCGAACGCAUCAAAUUCUACCGACGGUGAGCAGACAGCCAUUAGCAACUUUUACAUGACUUAUAAUAUGUUAUCUAAAUUUAUGCCUAUUUUACCUGGUUUAAUUUUGGCCAGGUUUGGAGACAAGGGUUACAGAAAGCUUCCUAUUGUGAUACCCUUGAUUGGUUACUUUCUGUCCCGGCUACUACUUGUCCUUGUGAUUACCAUCGAAUGGCCAAUUGAGGUCAUGUUUGGGGGAGCAGUCAUUCAUGGGCUAUGUGGGGGAUUCGCGUCCUACUGGGCCGGCGUAAUGGCACUUGUGUCAGUGAGCACAAGUGAGGAAGAGAGGUCUGUGCGCAUUAUGAGGAUGGAGCUUUUUUACGGAUUAGCUGGGCUUUUCGGUAGUUUAGCCUCUGGUCACCUUUUUCAACUAUAUACCGUGGGACUCAAACAAGGGGUAGUCUUAGCUGUUUCAAGUGUAACUCUGUACUUCAUUUGCCUCCUUUAUGCAACAUUCGUGUUGAAAACUGAUAGCAUCACACUGUCGGGCUGUAGAGAAGAUCGUCGAGAAAGCUCUGGUAUAAUUAAUCAUGAAUCGCGUGACAACAUCAAUAUCGCUUUACUGUUUGCAAGUGGGAUUUUAUAUGAUAUCGCUGUUGGAGGUGGAAUGGAAAUUCUGGCUUCUUUUGUACUGAAAAACCCUCUAAACUGGAACGCAACGCAAGUAGGGUAUGGCAACGCAGCGGGAUUUAUUGUGUUCAUCACCAGUUUCAUUGGCGUCAAGUUUUUUUCUAAAUUUGCGAGUGACACGACCAUGAUCCUGAUUGGAAUGUUGUCAUUCACUGCUGGAAUUUACUUCAUGGCGUUCGUAACAACGACUACUUUGUUUUAUUUGGCUCGAUCCCUAACCCUGUUUGCACUGAUUCCAAUGCCUACUAUCCGCUCUCUGCUGUCUAAACAGGUCAGCUGUUCAUCAUAUGCGAUGACUCUCAUAUUGCUGCAGUUGUCCUUUAAGUUAGCCGGACUAGUCACCACACCAAUGUACACCAAGAUCUACCAAGCCACACUGGACUCCUCACCGGGGUUUGUCUUCACAUUGUCCAGCAUCAUCACAGUGGCUGCCAUUAUACCCAUCAGUAUUGUAGGUUGCCGGAUUGCACACCAGCCAAGUUAUGAACGGAUCCAGGGGAACUGA